AUGACAACUAUUAAACAUUUUCGUCCGCUUCUUCGUUUUCUACAUGGUUCAUUACCAUCUAACAGUCAACGUGUUCUUCAUGUUGAAAAACGUAAAGAUCAUCUUCGUUUAAUUGACAAAAAUGAUACUAUGGAUUUUCAUUACAUUUGGUUACGACAUAAUUGUCAUGAGAUAGGUAAAUCUAUUCAUCCAAAAACUGGUGAACGUAUUGUUGAUUGUGCUGAAAUUCCAUCGACAAUCGAACCUGAACAUGUAGAGUUAAUUGAUAAUAAACAAAAGCUUAAAAUUGUUUGGUCAAAAGAUCAUACUACUCUAUUUGAUUUAACAUAUUUAGUAGCAAAUGCAUAUGGAAAAAAUCGAAUCGAAGCUAAGAAACCUGAAGCAAAACUUGAAGAUAUUGAAUUAAUUUAUAAUAAAAAUCAAUAUGAAACUUAUCUAAAUAAUUGUGCUGAAAGAUUAAAAAAAUUUGGAUUAGUUGUUGUUCGUCAACGUGGUUUAGAUACAGAAGAACUCAUUCAAGAUUUUUUACCUUCUGGUGCAUCAGUUGUCUCAACACAUUUUGGUCGUAUUGAAGAUUUACGUACAGAUAAUACAACAAAUCAAAAUACAGAUCAAUUAGGCUAUACAGAUGCAGCAAUUAAUUUACAUACUGAUCAACCAUUUAUUGCUGAUCCACCAGGCAUGUUGAUUUUAAAAUGUUUUAGUUUCUAUACUUCGUUUUUCAUGUUUAUAGGUAUGCAAUUAUUACAAUGUAUUCGUCGAGCAGACACUGGUGGAUCGAAUACACUUGUAAACGCUUGUGAUGCUGCACUUUAUCUUCGUGAAAUCGAUCCCAAUGCAUAUUAUUUAUUAACAACUGUACCAGUUCAUUUUCAUCGAAAACAAAAACAAUUUGAAAGUAUUCAUAUUGGUCCAAUAAUUGAAACAAACGGUGAUGAAAUAAAACAAGUUCGUCAUAGUUAUUUUACUUUAGCACCAUUUCGUUUUCCAUUUUGGUUAACAACGGCUUAUUAUAAGGCAUAUCGUACAUAUGCAUCAAUUUUAUAUGAUCCUCAAUGUCAAUAUAAAGUUACAUUAAAUAGUGGAGAUUUUGUUCUUUAUGAUAAUUAUAAAAUGUUACAUGCAAGAGAAGCAUUUACUGGACCAAGACAUUUACGUGGAAUUUAUUUUCGACAAAUUGAUGUUUGGAAAAAAUUUGAGAACUAUACUAAAGAUAAAAAUGUAUAA